UCCGGUCAGGUGCUCGAUUGCCUUCUGCUAAGAAUCGUAGAUAGUUGGUAUUCGCCUCGCUCGUUGGAUUUAACAGUGUUAAUCAAAUUGUUUUGUUUUUUUUUCAAAAGAAUUUAUUAUCAUGACAGUACCACGUCGUACAUUAAUUUUAACUUUUUUAAUUAUAGUAUUGUGUAAUAUUUUUACGGCAAGGUGUAAUAUUUUUUCGGGCGAUGCAGUACCUGUAUUAUUAUGGGGUAUCACACCCGAAUUUGAUUCUCGUCCAAGCGCAGUCAAUCCACUUUCGAAAACCUCUCAAGCGGAAUUUAAUCAAAUUUUGAAUAGUAAAAUAGAUAAUUCACGACCACCACUUCUUGUUUUUGUGAAAGAUAGUUUAUGUGUUGAAGAUCUAACCCAACACAAGGAAGAUCUUCGACAAGUGACAAAUAGAAGUCUAUUGGCUUAUUUAUCUGCAGUUGAAUCUCCCCUUUCUGUAUUCGAAGAUUUUCCAUCAUAUAAUCAAAGUUAUGAUGAUAAUGUAGACUCUUUAUCGGAUGGCCAAUUGUUAAUUAAGCCAAUCACAACUUUAGAUGUUAUUUCUGAAAUAUAUAGAAAUAUCAAAGAUACUACACCAAAUUUAAUUGCCGCACUUACAGGAAGAUCUUGCGGUUAUAGUCGUUCUGAACGUACAAGAAGAGCAAACGUAGAAAAUAAUUCUGAUACAUAUAAAGAUUCUAGUCCAAAUGCUCCAGUUUCUACAUACAAUAAUGGUUGUAAUGUCAGUUUCAAUUCUAAUGAGUUCAUUGUCAGAGGAGAAAGAGUACUUUUAUAUGGAAGUCAGUUUCCACUUAUAAAGACUAAGGACAUGGAUUUCAAAAACUUUACCAACGUAACAUUGUGCAAAGAAAGUUUUGAUCAAACUUCUAAAAAUAUUAAUUUAGAUUUAAUGUUUAAUGGAAUUGAUACUAAAAAAUCUGAGGUAGUCCUUCAAUUUAACAUUAAAAAUCCAUCAUCUGGUUAUUAUUCUAUAAAAAGUAUAACUUAUAAACCAAAUAAUAUGAAUCCUGAGGUAUUAACGCCUGAAUUAGAUAUAGUAUUUCCAUUUAAUUUUUCUUAUCAUUGCUCAAACGAGAUAAUAUUUUUAAAAAAUACCACUAUAUUAAAAAUCCCAAAUAUGCAAAUACAAAUUGAUGCAAAGAAAUUUGGAGAUGCAUAUGACUGUGUUAAUUUUACUACAAUUCCGAUCUGGACAGGAAUUUUUGUUACUACCAUAUUAGGUUCAAUUAUGAUUUGGGCAUUCACAAUGAUUAUUGAUAUUCGUACUAUGGAUAGAUUUGAUGAUCCAAAAGGUAAAACUAUUACUAUUUCUGCCCAAGAAUAAGAUUAAAUAUAAUGAAUAAGAUAUUUAUAUAAUAUAAAUUGUAAGUAAAAAUGUGUUAGGAUAUAUUAAAAACAUGAAAGUGUGUCAUAAUGUACUAUUACAUUGUUAUGAUUUAGCAUGAUUUCACAAUUUUGGCAAUAUAUAAUAUCCUCUUAUGCAAAACUUCGUCUAUGAAAAAUUAUAUACGGACUGUGUUUCAUAUAUUUAUCUAGUAUUAGCAAAAUCAAAAUGUAAACGAAAUUUAUCUUACAGAAAUCUAUAUACCAUUCCACUUGUAUAAUAAUAUAUCAUUUACAGUAUUUAUAUCUUUAAUGAUAAUGAAUAAUAAUGUUUGAAAAAUAUAAUAGAUAUGCACAUUAUAUAUCAGAUAGAAAAGAUCUGUAAAUUAUUAAAUAAAAAAAUUUAAUUUAUAGCUUGUUUCAACUAAUAUAAAAUAUAUUGCACAGUGAUAGUGAACUUUUUGAAGAUUUGUCAUAGACCGCAUAUUUACAUAUUUUUGUUACAUAUAUUAAUGAACAGUCUAAUAUCUUGUAAAAUAAAUUAUAAAUGUCUUGUUGAAAUUUACAAUUUCCAAAAAAAAAGAAGUUGUUAGUAAUCUAUAAAGUAUUUUAGCGUAAAAUGUUGUUUAUUUGUACAAUUUUCUUUGUCAUAAAUGACUUUUAUUUUAUUAGAAAAAUGUAAAAUAUAUAUAUGUAUAUAUAAUAAUAAAGUCAUUAAAUUGUAAUAUUAUGAAAUACAUGCAGGAACAUGAACUCCAUGUAUUACCAUAAAUACCAUUGAAAAUGGUGGUAGAAUAAUUAUUUGGGUAGGAUUCAUAAUUAUAGGAUGGAAAGGCGGUAAUUUACCAUCAUUUUGCAGUUUCAAUAUUUCUCCAUUCAUUCUUAUGUUUCUAUAAAUAAAUAAUAAAUAAUUAAUAACAUAUUAUUAAUAUAAUUUGAACUAGCAACUAUUGUACCUCUUUCUAUACUAUAGUAUAUAUAUGUAUAUAUAUAUAUAUAUAUUGUAAAAAUAUUUAAUUUUUAUUUUUAAUUUAAUUAUCAUACGUUAUUGUUAAAAUUUAGCAUUUGUAUAAAGAGCAUAUAAUAAAUAUAUUUAAUACAGUCGAACCUCGGUAACUUGAAUCUUAAGGGAAGAGCUAAAAUUAUGAAAAGGUUUUGUUUUAUCCAAAAUUUUCAAUUAAGAAAAGUUUAACGAACGAAAACGUUUAGCUUACAAAGAUUUUCUUGUAGAUAGGUUUAUAUUUUUAUUUUAAUUAUAAAGACUCGAAGAAAAAUAAACUCAAUGUUUAGAAAUCAAUUAAGUUCCUAUUAAACUUGCGGGGGUUUUGUGUGAAAACGGAGCGAAAAGAGAUAAAGAAAAUUCUAGUAUUAUAGAAAUAUUCGAGUUAUAGAGGAUCGAUUGUAUUAUUAUUAAACCAUAUCUAAAGGACAAA